UUCAAUGCAAUAAACAAAUGCUGUUUAUAAAUUGCGAAGGCUGUGGUUAAACAAAUGUCGUUAGUUUGACGUUUGUCAGUUUGCAAAAUUUUCAGUGUUAUUCGGAGGUACAAAAUCAUGCGUGAAAUAGUGCACAUACAGAUUGGAUCGUGCGGCAACAGCAUCGGGUCGAAGUUUUGGGAGGUGCUUUGCGAUGAACAUGGGAUCGACCCACGCGGCAUGUACAGAGGUAACUCGGAUCUUCAACUGCAGAGAAUCAACGUGUACUUCAAUGAGGCGAGAUCGGGAAGGUACGUGCCGAGAGCGGUUUUGGUCGAUCUGGAACCUUCGACGAUGGAUCAGGUGAGGUCUUCGGCGUUCGGACAGCUGUUCAGACCGGAUGGAUUCAUCUUCGGAAGAGCUGGAGCUGGGAACAAUUGGGCGAAAGGGCAUUACACUGAGGGAGCGGAGCUGUGCGAUGUUCUUCUGGAUACGGUGAGGAUUGAAGCGGAGGGAUGCGAUUGUUUGCAGGGAUUUCAGGUGGUGCACUCGAUAGGUGGCGGCACCGGCGCCGGCAUGGGCGCCUUGAUUUUGGCGAAGAUCCGUGAGGAGUACCCGGAUAGGAUCAUAAGCACUUUUUCGGUGCUGCCGAGUCCGAAGGUUUCCGACACCGUCGUCGAGCCGUACAACGCGACGAUGACGAUCCAUCACCUGGUGGAGAACACGGAUGAGACUUAUAUCAUAGACAACGAGGCUCUGUACGACAUCUGCAAUCGGACGCUGAAACUGGGCGCACCCUCUUAUGCUGAUCUCAACCAUCUGAUAUGCUCCGUCAUGUCGGGAGUCACCACCUGCAUGCGUUUCCCGGGGCAACUGAACGCCGAUCUCAGAAAGAUCAUGGUGAACAUGGUGCCGUUCCCUAGGUUACACUUCUUCAUGCCCGGAUUCGCGCCGUUAACAUCACGCGGAAGUCAACCGUACAGAGCGUUGACUGUGCCGGAGCUCGUGCAGCAGCUCUUCGACGCUAAAACGUUGAUGUGCGCUUGCGAUCCUCGCCGAGGGAAAUACCUGACUGUCGCUUCUAUAUUCAGAGGUAGGAUGUCGACGAAAGAAGUGGACGAGCAGAUGUGCAAUGUGCAGGAUAAAAACAGCGCUUACUUCGUCGAAUGGAUUCCCAAUAAUAUCAAAACGGCGGUGUGCGAUAUCCCGCCGCGCGGUUUGAAGAUGUGCGCCACGUUCAUAGGGAACAGCACUUGCAUUCAGGAGUUGUUCAAGAGGACGGCGAUGCAGUUCAGCGCGAUGUUCAGACGGAAGGCGUUCAUACAUUGGUACACGAGCGAAGGGAUGGACGAGUUUGAGUUCUCCGAGGCGGAAGCGAAUCUGAACGAUCUCAUAUCCGAGUAUCAGCAGUACCAGGAGGCGACCGUCGAUGAAGAGGACGAUGAGGAGAAUGUUGAUUACGGGGGUUUCGAUGAAGAUUAAAUUUGAGAUCGAAUCGAUCCAAUCUAAUAAAGGGCGUAUGUGAACUAAUACUAAUAGAUUUAGUUAAUGAAAUAUUCGUUUUUCAAGACUCACAAGUAUAAAUACAUUGAAUAUAA